AUGGCACACUCUCGCUCACCGAUGACAGCAUCCUAUCGUCGCGAUCGAUCGUAUUCAUCAAAUAAUAACGAUGGCCAUGAAGAAAAUGGUUGUCGUGUUCACGUUGCUGAUCUGUCAAUAAAAUGUACAAAACAUGAAAUCGAAAAAGCAUUCGAAAAAUGGCCUUUAAUUGAAAUAUGGCAUGCACAUGCCUCAUGCUUUGCAUUUGUAGUUCUACGUCAGCGCGAAGACGCACAACAAGCCAUUAGCGAAUUAGACGGCCGAUAUAUUGGUGAUGCACGAGUUCGAGUUUCUUUAGCUCGACCACGUGCACGCGGCGCACAAAGAAAUUUUGAUCCAAACAUGCGUUGUUAUCAAUGCGGUUCGCGUGGUCAUUUUAGUCGAGAUUGUGGUAAUGAUCAACGAAAUCAUAAUAAAAAUGGCAAUGAAUAUCGAUCUGACUCAGAUCGUCGUCGUGAACUAUCGCCACGUCCUCAAGUUAUUCGAGACUAUCGCAGUUAUAGUCCUCGUGAAGCAUCACCACCGUCUCGUGAAAAUCGAUACGGUUAUUAUACAAGUCCACCACGAUUGCGAUUCUCAAAGCAAAAAUGA